UCUGAAGGGGCAGCCACCAGGCAGCAGAAGGGAGGGUCCCAGGACCCUUCGGAGGUGGGCUGAACGCUCCCGCCUUUCCUCCUCCUGGGUGUCGUGGAAGAUGGUGGUGUCAACUUCAGAGCAGCAGAGGGGAGGGGGUGGGGGUGGGGGUCUUGCCACCAACUGUCAUCCUGACUCUGAAUGGGAACCGUGGGGACCUACCUCCCCUGCCAGCCCCCACUGUCACCCCCGUACCGCCCAGGCAGGGCUGGCUGGCUGUGGCCCAAGGCUCACUCUACCGUCCUCCACAGGUGUCUCAGGGGACAGGCUGAGCAGGAGAACAGGAGCCCUGUGGGUCCUCGAACAGUGCUCUCAAGGACCCUGCAGAGGCGGCCUUGGUUAAAGCCAGGGAGGAAUCUCCCCGCUGAAGGUGCUCACAGCAUCUCCUUGUCCUUCCCCCAGGUGCCCUCGUUCAUGCCUUCCUGCGCAAACUCCUGUCUGCUGGCCCUGACCUUUGUCAUCAUGUGUCGAGGCCGUAAGAGAAAGCGCCGUGCCCGCAGGAAACGCCACCGGGCCCGGCGGGAGACUCAGAGUCUCAAGGGUGCCCAGGCCACUGAGGCGGCGGCGGCGGAGGCGGAGGCGGAGGCGGCGGCGGCGCCGGCGGCAGCAGCAGCAGUGGCGCCAGCAGCGGCGCCGGCAGAAGAGAUACAAGAGUCGCCCACCUCCCCAACUUCUGUUUCUUGGGGUACUCCCCCGAUCUCCCCUGCUGCUGGCACUCGCCAGGAGCCUCAGGGAACCCCGGCCACUAGCUCUCGUGAUGCAGGGGUUUCAUGCCCAGGAUCUGAAGAGGGUGCCCAGAGCCAAGAUGAGAAAAGUGAAAGUCCCUCGCAGGCAGCACCUUGCACUCACAGCAUAUGCAGAGAUCCUCUGAACAGGAAGGCCGGGACGUUGGUGCUGUUCCUGCUGGAGAAGUACAAGGCGAACGAGCCCAUCCCGCAGGCAGCACUGCUGAAGGCUGUCAAAAGCAAGUACGAGAAGCACUUCCCUGAGAUCCUCAGCAGAGCCUCUGAGAUCAUGGAGGUGGUCUUUGGCCUAGAGCUGAAGGAAGUCGACCCCAGCAGUCACUCCUAUGCCUUCAUCAGCAAGCUGGCCCUCCCCAGCGAGGGAAGUCCAAGUGAUGAGUCGGGGCUGCCCACGUCUGGUCUCCUGAUGAUUCUUCUGGGCCUCAUCUUCAAGAAGGGCAACCGUGCCACCGAGGAGGAGAUCUGGGAAUUCCUCAAUGAGUUGGGUUUGUAUGCUGGGAUAAGGCACUCCAUCUUUGGGGAGCCUACGAGGCUCAUCAGCAAAGAUUUCGUGCAGCAGAAGUACCUGACGUACCGCCAGGUGCCCAACAGGGAUCCUCCAUGCUAUGAGUUCCUGUGGGGCCCGAGAGCCCACGCUGAAACCAGCAAGAUGAAAGUGCUGGAGUUUGUGGCCAAGAUCAGUGAUACAGUCCCCAGUGCCUUCCCAGAUCUCUAUGAGGAGGCUCUGAAAGAUGAGGAAGAGAGAGCAGGAGUGAGAGCCGCGGCCAGGGCUGCAGCUGUUGCUGCGGGCAGACCCCUUCCAGGGCCAAGGCCCGCAGCUCCUCCCACAUGUAGCGGGGGAGGCCGCGGGCAGUUUGGUCACUUUGUUUUGGAAGAGAGCAGUCAGGCUCCUAAAUAGUGCAGAGUAGUAGUGGUGGAGGGAACAAAGUAUAGAUCUUAUUUAUCUUCCUGUUUUAAACUAGUAACUUCUAUAUAUUAUUGAUUGAUUUAUUUAGAUUUUUUCUAAUGUUUUUUUCUUGUAAUAGUGUGUUUUCUUAAGAAUAUGAAUUCGUGAAUGACAUUGCUUGCAUAUUUACUGCUGUUUAAAGAGUUCUAAAGUUACAGUUUUGGUAUAUGUAAAAGGAAUUCACGAACCAUCUAUAUUUUCUGUAUGAUCCAGAAGUAGAAAACAUGGCACUGCAAUAGAGAUUUUCAUGGAAAUGUGAAAGGCAACCACAGAAAAUAUUUAGAAACAAAAAAUGGAGAAAACAGAGAGUAAAAGCCAUUUAACUCGUGGUUUGCCUUACUUCGUUUAAACUUUCAUUUGGUAGAAAUAAAAGAUACUUUGACUGAUUUAGCUCAUUUGUGAGUAUUUGUUUCUUUUGCCCUAGUGCACUGCAUAUUCUCUGCUACCUACUGGAUUAA